GUUAUGCUUUGAUUGCAGCUGUGUUCAUUAUACAUUGACAGUGACGAUAAUGCGCCAUUCUGUUGCACUUCCUCCUGAUGCAGUGGCUCUCGCCACGAAGGAAGCCAAAAAAGAGGGUAUUUUUGCCGGUUUGACUUCCGCUUUAGCAUCAACUUUGGUCGGAUCUAAAGCUUUAGGACUUAAAAGAUAUCCGGCACUUGCAUGCGGGGCCAUAACUGCGGUGCUUUCAGGAUAUUACUUCACUGAGGCUUUCACUGCGGCCCACCUUGCAAAAUUAGAGCGUGAAGUACUUCGGCAUCGAGCAGAGGAGAAAGAUAAAUUUGGCUCAUCGUAACCUGGUGUGAACGAAUGUUUUGACCCAAGGCUCCUCUCGUGCGAUGCACUCACUUGAAUCCUUGAACUUCUUUUGUGCUCUUUCCAACCUCAUUCUCAGUCGUGAUAACUCUUGCUGUUCGAUGGCUUUCG